UUCUGUUUAUUACCUUAUGAUCUUUGUCUUUUGUAUUCUGUGGUCCUCUUUUUGUGGUCGUUUUGUUUACGUACAGCCAGAUAAAGAGAAGCAAAUCAAUAGAAUUAUCGAUUAUUUUAUAAACGAAAAUGGAAGAAAAAGCCCUUAUUAUAAACAUAGCCACAAUUUUGGCCAAAGACAUUGCUUUCGAUCAAAAGAACAAUUUUAAAUGUCCGGUCCCAUCAUAUCCUCCAGGCAAGCCACCACCUUUGUUACAGAGUGACGAUGAAGCUUUUGAUUUCUUUCUUCGUCAUCAUGUUCAAAAAUCAACCUCAGCUGGUUCUUCUAAUUCGAAAAGAAAGUAUCCAUCUGAAGAGAAACAAAUCGAUACUAGAAGUACAAAAAUUGCAAAACCUAAAGAUGAUCCAACACCUGGCCGAAUAAAUCUUAUACAGGAUCUCACAGUUGAUGUUUUUGAAAGCAAUCUUCAUCUAAACAAAAAUACAUUUCAGCAACUCUACAACUCAAUCAAAGGACUCAUCAAACCACUUCACACUAAUAACACUGUGAUCUCAAAUCAGACUAUCUUUUCUCUCGGUCUGUGGAAGCUAGCAACCGAUGAGCAUUUUGAAGAAAUAUCACGACGUUUUAAAAUCCCCCUCCAAGCAUGCCAUUUAAUAAUACGCAGCUUCUGGGGAGUAAUAUCUGAUAAUAACGAAACCUUCAUCAAAUGGCCAAGAACUCAAACCGCCCAAAAACUGCACAUGACCACCUUUCAAAAGAAUGAAAAUCUGCAACAUUUUCGUCAUCUUUUUGGUUUGGUUUCGAUAAAACGACUUGAUAUCUUUCUUGAAAGUGAAGAUGAAGAAACAUCUGUCAUUCUGCAAAUCAUUUGCGAUGGUAAACAGCGAAUCAUUGAUAGCUUUGUUGAUUUUGCUACCAAUUAUAGUUUUGUUGAAAGUCCAAUUGGUCAGUCUUUAGAACGAGAUGGUGCUGGUGUUCCUAGAGGUUGUUAUUUAAUUGGUGGCAAUAAUUUUCCACUAAAACCUUAUCUUAUUCGUCCAUUCGAAUUGGAGUGUUUUCGUGAUGAGAGUCGAUUCAAUGAGCUUUUGCGAAAAGCUCAAGCCAUUUCCGAUUCGGUUUUACAUAAGAUGAUGAGACGAUUCAAUACACUUUAUGCUCUAGAAGCCAAAGAUAUGAGUGAAGUACGGAAGGUGCUUCAGACAAUAUGUUCCUUGCACAAUAUGUGUCAGGAAUUCGGAGACGAAUGCAUUCCAAAUUGCUGGGAACGAAGUGAAAAAUGUAUUUUGGCAUCAAAAGUUAAUGAAAAUAAUCAAGGCGGGAGGAAGAGAAGAUUGGAAGUAAUGGAGGAGAUAGUAAGUAUUUAA